AACUUGACAGCUAUUGACAGCUAUAGACAAUGCUUAUUAAAGAAUUUAUAAACCAUUAGGACGCCGAAUCGACUUAGCCAAGUCCACAGUAGGGCGGUUAAAAAUGAAAUGCUGCACGAGAGAACAACAAUAUCGUCGUUAACGACGAAGCUCCUCGCUUGAUGGUUUGGUUAUUCGAAAAAAUUGUCGCACCUGAGGUUUAGAAAAAGCCUCGAGAGAUUGUCGAGGAGCGCAUGCAUUCAUAUCGUGUUACUGAUUGACGCUGACUUUGAACUAGAGGUAUCAAGGGAUAAUUCUUCUUCGUAAAUACGACAAGUGCGGCAGUAACUUUGAAUGGUGUUUGCUGCGUACAUGCUUUACUCUUGACUUCGAUAUAUGACAACUACAACAAUUAAGGCUAUCAUGGUGAUGUAAAAAAAGAAAAUGCAAAAAAACGCAAAAGAAUGGAAAAGGAACAAAUAGAAGAAGAAUUCUACAAGCAAAAGCAGUGAAACGCCGUAGUAUCAAGAGCAGUGAAACGGUAGAACAACGUUUUGAAAAUAUGUUGAAAACGCAUUUGAAAGCAAAUGAUAAUAAAAUACACUUAAAUUCUCGAAUGUGCACAUAAAUGUAGUCUUAACAAUCACAGCCACGCUAUUUGAACAAAAGAUAAUAUUUUAGACAAGUGAAUGGUAUAAAAUGAAAAGCAAACACUGAAUGCAAACAAAGUCUGUGAAGAAAUUUUUUAUGCGGUAAAAUCAGAGAAAAAUUUAAAGUUUACAAGAACAUAAAGAAGAAGAAGAAGAAGAAGAAGAAGAAGAAUAAAUAUAUAUAUAGCGAUUAAUAAAAGUAUAUUUCAACAUGCCGAACUUCAAUCUCACGAAGACUCUUAGAACAAGUGCACCGAUUACACCCACCUGGUCUAAUUGGCUCGGUUAUGCCUUCAAGAAUAACUCGGCAACUAUUGUACAAAACGAUACGCAUCAACUUCGUCAAUAUUAUCAUGAUCAGCAGAAACUGUAUAAUGCUGCCACAAUCAGUUAUGCUAGCGUUGAGUUGCCCGCACCUCAAGAAAUCAGCAACGAUUCUGCGGAUUUGAUAAACAACGAACUUGUGCAGAUAUUCUUCUGCAUCCUGUACUCCACCGUAUUUGUAUUGGGUGUGUUUGGUAAUGUUUUAGUUUGCUUUGUGGUGCUUAGGAAUCGUGCCAUGCAAACCGUUACCAAUAUUUUUAUAACGAAUUUGGCCCUUUCGGAUAUUCUACUGUGCGUGCUGGCCGUCCCAUUUACACCUCUUUACACUUUUAUGGGUCGAUGGGCAUUCGGUCACACCCUCUGCCAUUUAGUCUCAUUUGCCCAAGGCUGCAGUAUCUAUAUAUCCACACUCACCUUGACUUCUAUCGCGGUCGACCGUUAUUUCGUUAUAAUUUAUCCGUUUCAUCCACGCAUGAAAUUAUGCACCUGUAUAAUUAUAAUCGUUAGUAUAUGGACUAUUGCUCUGUUGGCCACAUUGCCUUAUGGUAUGUACAUGAAAAUGCUAACACGUGUAAGCCUGAAUGCUAAUGUUUCUUGGGUGACUGCAAAUAUUACACCUAUUGCUAACUCCCCCACCGUCAAUAUAUCCAAUGAUCAUCAACGCAACUACGAUGCCUAUAUGCAAGUAGUAAGCUCCAUUAAUAUGCUCAAUGAAACUGAUACAUACAGCACCGGCACCACUGUUUACUAUUGCGAGGAGAAUUGGCCUUCGGAGCAUUAUCGUAAAGUGUUUGGUUCCGUUACCACCAUAUUGCAGUUCGUUUUACCCUUUGUCAUUAUUUCUAUUUGCUAUGUAUGGAUCUCGAUGAAAUUGAAUGCUCGUGCCAGAGCUAAGCCAGGCUCCAAAUCGUCACGUAAAGAAGAAGCAGAUCGUGAUCGCAAAAAACGUACAAAUCGUAUGCUUAUCGCUAUGGUAGCUGUUUUUGGUCUUUCCUGGCUGCCGCUCAAUGUGGUUAACAUGUUUGAUGAUUUUUAUGAAAAAUCGAAUGAAUGGCGUUUUUAUACUUUGUUCUUUUUCGUGGCGCAUUCCAUCGCCAUGUCCUCUACGUGUUAUAAUCCCUUCCUGUAUGCUUGGCUAAAUGAAAAUUUCCGUAAAGAAUUCAAACAUGUUUUACCAUGUUUUAACCCAUCCAAUAAUAAUUUGAUUAAUCGCGGUUAUAACCGUUCAGAUCGUAAUACUUGCGGCCCUCGUCUACACCACGGUAAUAAUGGCAAUGGGGGAGGUGCUAUUAACACUCACGGCAGCAGCAUAGAUAAUUAUGAUCAUGACGAUGAUAAUGGUAUAACACAAGAUACUUGCAUUACGGCCACCAAAGAAAAAUUGCUAGUAACACCGCGAGAAACACCCUAUGGCAAUGGCCGGAACGUUUUGUCACCUUGCUUGGAAAGAGUCGCCGCUAUUGGCACUAGCGUCGGUGGCGGCAUUAAUGCUGCUUGCUUAGUACAAAGUAGCAAUCAAGUCGAAAUUUUAUUAAACGACACCGAUAUACGUAAACAUCGCAACUAUCAAAACGAAGAUCAGCGUGAAACCAACGAUAAUGAUAGGAUAAAUGAAACGCGUUUCUCCGAAACGCCUUUUAUCGCUGCACAUAACGCCGCUCUUAUUUCAGCCGUACCAGAAUCGCGCACACGCAGCAAAAUGGAACGCAGUCCCGCCCAUACUGAGCGAAACAAACGAAGCUGCAACUGAGAAAGGCUAAUCGAAACUCAUUUCUAAAGCGCAAUUCAACCCAUCUGAAAAUAAGAUAUAAACAAUAUUUUAAGAAUAAAGUGUUAAUCUAAAUUGUGUUUAAUUACUGGAAUAACAUUCUAAUUACGAUUCGAUUGAUAAAAUGCAAUUAUAAUAAAAUCAAUUCAAAUAGAAUAAGUUAAUUUCAGCUAACAUAAAGUGAGUGUUAGCAGUUGUUGAUAUAUAUUGACACAUAUAUAAACAAGUAUGUAUAUAUAUGCAUUGUAUGCAUGCAAGUAAGCAUGUACAUAUGAUUUAUACAGCUACACAAACUAGUGAAAUCUAUAUAAUAAAUAAUAAAUGUAAUGAAAGUGUAGAGAAAUUUAAUUUCAUUUAAUUUAAUUUAAUUCAAAUUUCUUAUCAUGCAAGCUAAUAUAAGCACUGAGCCCACAUUUUUGGGGCCAGACAAUUGAUAUGACAAAUAACCAGUUGCCACUGUCUCAGCCUAUGCAAUUGUCGAUGAA